AUGGUUGUUUUUCAUUGUGGUAGCUGUGGUGAAGCACUUAAAAAAAAUCAAGUCGAUAAACAUAUAGCAAGUACAUGUCGACGAGUGCCAACGCUCUCUUGUAUUGAUUGUGGAAAAGAUUUUACUCGUGAUUCAUAUAAAGAACAUACAAAAUGUGUUAGUGAACAAGAAAAAUAUGGUGGUGCAAAUUAUACAGCACCAACAAAUAUGAAUAAAGGUGAAAAGAAACAAAAUCAAUGGUUUGAAAUAGUUCAAUCAGCUAUUAAUCUUAAUUCUGGUAGUACACAAGCAAAAGUUUUAUUAAAAAAACUUCAAUAUUAUCCAAAUACACCACGAAAACGUGGAAAAUUUAUUAAUUUUGUUAAUAAUUCAAUCAAAGGUUUUCCACCUCGAGUAGUCGAAGAAGUAUGGUCUAUACUUGAAACAUUAAUACCAAAGGCUUCAAAUAAUGGAAGUAAUCAAACGAAAAAAAAUGAUACAGAAGAUCAAGAUCAAAAUAUAUCUCAAGCUCCUGUUAAAAAAGAAGAUAUGGAUGAAUCACAAUCGAAACGAAAAACUAAUGAAGAUAAUGAAGAAUCUUCAAAAAAACAAAAGACAAUUCAUGAAAAUGAAAUUGUUCAAGAAGAUAAUAAUCAAACAGUACCAUCAAAUCCUCAUUUUGAAUGGUAUGAUGAAAUUAAACUUGCAUUGAGUAAAGCAAAUGAUCAAACACUUACUCUAGAUGCUUUAAAGAAAAAGAUUCUCAAACGGUAUAAAAAAUUGAAACCAAAGCAAGCUAAAGAAGAUGACUCUCUCUUGAAAAAAUUAGAAAAGAAAAUUCAACGUGCACCAUUCGUUCAACAAAUUGAAGAAAAUAUGUAUCGAUUGUCUGAAUGA